UGCCUCAAAAGCAUAAGAUACAAAAAUCAGUGAAAAUUAUUUCAAAAAUAACCCGCAGCAACCUGGAGAAAACUCAUUAAUUUUCCACAAAAAACUCUCAUACCCAUCGCAAAAGGAAAAAUCAUAAAAAUAAAAACAAAUGCAAAAUUCAGCGCGGGACUGUAAUUUUAAACGCAUUUCUUGCGCUUGUUUUGACAUUGAAAUGAAACAACAAUAACAAUCGGAUAAUUAAAACGGAGAAAAUACACGCCAACGGAUAUAUACACCUGCCCGCCGUAACAACAGAAAUAAAAAGAAAUAUAUAUAUCUAUCUUAACUGGGAAAUUGGUGAAAAGUCAGGUAAUACGAGAGAAGAUGACCACGAGAGGCAUACGACGCAAGAAGUCCACGUUGACGGAGUUGAAAAUUGCCGUGAUCGGGGCGCCCAUUGUCGGGAAGAGCGCCCUAAUUGUGCGUUUCUUGACCAAACGCUACAUCGGGGAGUACGAUCAUCAGACUGAGAAUCGCUACAAGCACGAGGCGAUGGUGGAUGGCGAACCGGUGCUCUUCGAAAUACUAGACACAUGUCCCAAGGCGGAGGACGAAUACCCAAAUGCCGCUGAGCUUGUCCAAUGGGCCGAUGGUCUCCUUCUAGUCUACUCCAUAACAGAUCGUAAAAGUUUCAGCUAUAUACGUCGUGCCAAAUCCCAUCUUCAGUCCGAUACUCCCGUCCAGCUGUGUGCCAACAAGGUGGACAUGGUGCACUUGCGCCAGGUGAGCCGCGACGAGGGCGAAAUCCUGGCCAAGGACUUCGAGUGCAAGUUCAGUGAAGUGUCCGCCGCCGACCAUGUGGACCAGGUGGCCGAAGUCUUCAACGAGCUGUGCAAGGAGGUGCUGGCCUCCAAGCGCAAAUCCAAGCAGAGUCUGCUCGAAAGGAUGCUAGGCGGAGCACGUCCCUAUAGCCGAGGGAAGAGCGACAGCAAUUUGCCAAAAGACUGAUAGCCGGUGAUGAUGAUGAUGCGAUUUUUAUGUAAAUAUAAAUAAAUGUAAAUUUUUCUAAAGUCAAAAA